AGAGGUUUUAUGAGAAUCCAUUCUCUUAUUCGUGAUGCGAAGGCUGGUGUGGUAGGACAGCUUUGUGUCGCUAUUCGGUCGUCCAUGGACAAUGGGACAACGGUUCAGUAUUGCGGACUGAUUCAACAGUUGACGUCCAAAGCUCGAUCCGCUGUCCGUGAUCUCGACCCUUCCAAUGAUUUAACUUUCCUUCGGAUUCGCAGCAAGAAAAAUGAGAUUAUGAGAACAAAUGACCUUUCAUCGGUCAUGGUGAUUAAAUUUCUGCUUCAGUUUUUACAACUAUUGAACAUACCUUUGAUGCGCCGGUUUAGGUUGCUGUCUCACGUCUGUCCAUUUGGAUAA